AUGCCAUAUGAUCAACUACAGAAGCCACCUCGUUAUUCAUCAACUUAUGAAGAUGAUACAUAUCAAUAUCGGCAUGUUAUUUUGGAUAAGAAUAUGUUAGCAUUAAUUCCAAAAACUCGUCUUAUGGAUGAAUGUGAAUGGCGUGCAUUAGGAAUUCAACAAGGACCUCAUUGGGAACAUUAUAUCAUUCAUAAGCCUGAACCAUUUGUACUCAUGUUUCGUCGUUUAUUAAAAUAUCGUGUUGAACCAGAUCCAGCUAUGCAACAACAAAAUACUCAUUUUCCAACAGCACGUAUGCCAAUCAGUGCAACAAUGAAUAUGUCUACAAAUCAUCCACUUGGUGAUUCAACAAAUACAACAAAGAAUAUGAAUAUAGGCGGCGAAAAUAUUAAUAAUGGAUUUCGACUGAUUAUUAAUCCUUAUAAAAAUAUACAUGAUAAUAUUGAUGAAGAUAAUAAUGAAUUACGAGAAUCAGGCAUUGCUAGUUAG